AAGUAAGUAAGAAAAGAGAAGAAGGGCAGUGAAGAAAAUAUAACAAUUAAUGGCUAUUUAUCAAUUACAGAGCUAAAUAUGGCUAUUUGUGCAAAGACCACAAGUGAUGGUUUGGGCCUGCCUUCCAAAAAGACCAUAUAAGCCCAAGCCCAUUAUCACCUUUCAGAAAGCCUGGCUGCUUUAGUAAUCAAUUUAGCUUUCCGGGAAACUAGUUCCCCGUCGACGACCACAAAGUGUAUGAAAAAUGCUCCGGCGAGGUUUCUUUCCGGCGAAUCUCUGCAAAUCACGGCAGCUCCGACAACUCUUCUGCUGCCGCGUCAUUUUUCAACCGGCUAUAGCCCGUUCCUUUCCCCAGCAAAACAGUAGUCUCUUUAAUGCAGUAUGCAAGGUUUUUGAGGGAAGAGUCACAGUUAGGCCACGCUUUAUUGGACAAAAAUGUGAUCUUGGAUUAGUAAAUUCGGGUCAGUAUUUCUGCACGGCUAGCAAAGCUGGGGAAACAUCAAAUGGUGGUGGGAAUGAUGUUGUUGCAGAGAGUUCCGGUGAGUUUAAAGAAGAUAAAAUCAAGAGGAAGAAAUUGAAGGGUAAAAGAGCGGUUGUGAAAUGGUUGAAGUUCUUCAGGUGGAAGAAGAAAAAAGAGUUCCAAAGAAUGACGGCUGAAGAAAAAAUCCUUUUCAAAUUGAGGAAGGCACGGAAAAAAGAGGAGAGACUUGUUGAAGCUCUUCGAAAGGUUGAGCCUAAGGAGCAAGUGGAAGCUACCCAUGACCCAGAAAUAUUGACACCAGAAGAACACUUCUACUUCCUGAAAAUGGGGGAGAAGUGCAAGAAUUAUGUGCCAGUCGGAAGACGUGGAAUAUACCAGGGUGUGAUCCUUAAUAUGCAUCUGCAUUGGAAGAAGCACCAAACUCUGAAAGUGGUGGUGAAAACGUUUUCUCCUAAGGAGGUUAAGGAAAUUGCUGUAGAGCUUGCUAGAUUAAGUGGUGGAAUUGUUCUUGACAUCCAGGAUGAUGAUACCAUUAUAAUGUACAGGGGAAAGAAUUACUCUCAACCACCAACUGAGAUAAUGUCUCCAAGAAGUACACUUUCCAGGAAAAAGGCCUUAGAUAAAUCUAAAUACAGAGAUUCCCUCAGAGCUGUGGAGAGAUACAUUCCACGGCUGGAGCAAGAUCUUGAGCUGCUUCGGUCGCAAGCUGAAAACAAAACUGAUGCUCCUAACAAAAAUCAAGAGAUUGGCUUUGAGAAUUUUAGCCCUGAAUGCCGUUCAGACCAGCAAAUUGAGGCAUCUGAUAAACUCAAACAGAUAAUGGUUGAAAAUGAAGAACAGGGUGAGGAAAAUGAUUCCACGGUAGAUACAGAUAUAUGCUCAGAUUCUGAAGAUCUUUCAGAUAUUUUCGAGACAGACUCUGAGGAAGAGCAUGAAGAGAAGGCUGAAGAACCACUUUAUUUGGAUGUGUUUGAAAAGUUUCCAGUGCAAAGCAAUGGAGACGCACAGGAUUUCGAGGAGCAUUUGCGUCAAAUAUCUUCUAACUCGAGGAAAGAGAAAUCACCAGAUAAAGAUGUCGACACACCAGGUCUUGAUGAGGUUGAUAGGAUGAUUGUGCAAGCUGCAUCACUUUUGAAGAAACGGAGGAGAUGAAAAGUGGUCCAUUCGUUAGCAAAAGUUCCAAACGAGGUUUGUCUAAACGAGAGGGAUGAUGCCAUGGUGGGCCUGUUAUAGUCAACAGUUUGCAGCAGGCGAGAAGUAGCAAUUUUAUCCACGUUCAUCAUUGUGGUUCAGUUCUCGUCCCUGUCAAAAGAACUCUUGUGACUGAAGUGGCGAAAAUGUGCAGUCACAGCUGUUAACUGGUCUUCAACGAGAGGCCAGACAACAGAGUGUGGUAGAGGAGCACACGUGACAAAGUUGUUUUGCUGAACAAAGACGAUUACAACAUUAGCAAUCUGGACUAAGGUCGUGACUAUAAUAAAUUACAAUGGUUUGGUUAAGACUGACCAAAGUAGGGAUAUUGUCUACGUACACACUACCCUCCUCAAGCUCUGCUAUUGAGUGUAAGGCUCUGCUUGUGAGAUUACACGGGCUUAACCAAUGUUUAUUGUUUUGAAGAAUGUAUGUAGUAUGAAGUUGAUGAUGGUCAUUUCUUUUGUUUUUCUCAACUGUGUUUAGUAUGUCAAAAGAAAGAACAUUUGUAAGAAAAUGUUUCUUCAUGCUAUUGGUAAGAAAAUGUUUCUUCAUGCUG